UCUUCGAAUAACCACACUCAGUUGCGGCGGUUCACGUAGAUAGGUCAUUGUAUGUCAUUUGAGUCCAUUUGAGUUUAUCCAAAAAUGCCGAGUCAAGAGGUUGUUACAACGAAAGUUGUGGUGCACCCACUAGUGCUGUUAAGCGUAGUGGACCACUUUAAUCGUAUGGGAAAAAUCGGAAAUCAAAAACGAGUAGUCGGUGUACUUUUGGGUUGUUGGCGAGCCAAGGGUAUCUUGGAUGUAUCAAACAGCUUUGCAGUACCUUUUGAUGAGGAUGACAAGGACAAGAGUGUGUGGUUCUUGGACCAUGAUUACCUUGAAAAUAUGUAUGGAAUGUUCAAGAAAGUUAAUGCUCGUGAAAAGGUAGUGGGUUGGUAUCAUACUGGGCCCAAGUUACAUCAAAAUGACGUUGCCAUUAAUGAGCUAAUAAGGAGAUACUGUCCCAAUUCAGUUUUGGUUAUUAUCGAUGCCAAACCAAAGGAUCUUGGUCUUCCUACAGAAGCAUAUCAAGCAGUUGAGGAAGUACAUGAUGAUGGUUCUCCAACCUCCAAAACCUUUGAGCAUAUUCCUAGUGAAAUUGGAGCAGAGGAAGCUGAAGAAGUUGGAGUAGAGCAUUUACUAAGAGAUAUUAAAGAUACUACAGUCGGUACACUAAGUCAAAGAAUUACGAACCAAUUACUUGGCUUAAAAGGUCUUCACGAGCAGAUCCGAGAAAUUAGAGAUUACCUGCUUCAGGUUGGCAGUGGGAAAUUGCCGAUAAAUCAUCAAAUCGUUUAUCAGCUUCAGGAUAUAUUCAAUUUGUUACCUGAUAUGACCCAAAGUAGCUUCGUUGAUUCGUUAUAUGUAAAAACAAACGAUCAAAUGUUAGUUGUAUAUUUAGCAGCCCUUGUUAGGUCCAUAGUGGCGUUACACAAUUUAAUUAACAAUAAGCUGACUAAUCGCGAUGCUGAGAAAAAGGAAACAGACAAGAAGGAAACGAAGAAGGAAGAGAAGAAGGAAGAGGAGAAGAAAGAGGAGAAGGCGAAAACUAAGAGCCAGUGACUGGAGUACCUCUGAGCCCGCCCAAUUGCCCGAUCGAGACUGUUAAAUUUGAGGACAUAUUAUUGAAUCGUGUAGUAACCGAGCAUGUUCACGAUCUGUACAGAAAAUCGCACUUCAUUUACAAACAACGAUACGAUUGAAAUACGUACCAUGAACACUGCAAACUGGUUUCCGAACUGAUUCUGAGAAUCCGCGAGAGUACUCUCGAUUAGAAAAUCGAAAACGAUGACUUCGGCACUUUAGUCCUUUGAGUGUGAUAAACGGUAAUACAUGUAUCGUGAGAAACUUAGGAUUAAGACAUUUUUACAGACCAUCAUUGUAAUUAUUACAAUAUUUUCGGCAUUUUAAUUGUAACAAUCCGUUAAUAUAUAUAAACAAUAGUAAUCUGUAUAAGAAAAUGUGACAUAUGAUUUUGGAUAUUUGUCUUCACGGCUCUCCAUAGACCGACUAAUUGCUUAGUAUGUUGUCGCGGUCGUCAGUACGACGCGCUUUCCUCAAUUCGAAAAUUUUACUUGAGAUUCUCACGUAACAGCGCGCACGAUGCGACGAGCAUCGUGAAGAGUGUAUUUUUUUUUCGGAAACUCGAAUCUGGAGAAGAACGCAUCACGCUGCUAAUAAAAUGUUUGCUUAUAUCGCUUUA